AUGCUAGCUGCACCGGGACCGGUACCCGCCACGGGAAGUGACAUCACCACUGGUCAAGCGACAUCCACUCGAAAAUCACGGCGAGUGCGUUUCACCCUGCCCAGUGGCCGCGUGGUGUGCCCGAGGAUAGUGGAGCUGGCUGCACGAGACACGGUCAUCCUGGCUACGGGCGCUGCAGUGGAUAACAAGCGGGCUUCACACGGCGACGCUGCUCCCGAUCCCGGCCCUUCGUCAGGACCCGUAGCCCAGAAACGCAUCGUCUACCGUGGAGGUAUUCCUCUCAAGCGCUACAAGCGAUGCCAUCGGAUCGACAACGCUGCUGGUGGGGAAAGCAUCAGGAGUGGCCCCGAGACAUCGUCACACGAUGACAUGCUGGAUGUCAACCGCGACCUGGUGUCUUCUGCCAACUGUGCCGGAACGUUGUACCAUUCUACCACGGACGACGGGUUCAUGGAGGAGAUCAUGGCGAUGGCCGAAGACUAGUGCGACAAGAAAUGAACAUUCUAUCGAUAUCGAAUGAGAGGACUGUAAAUGCACCGAAUUUCGUACAUGUGACAAGUGCGCGAAUGUGAAAAUGGUCACAUCACACCUGGAUUUAUCAGUUCGUUUAUUGUUUUAUUUGUUGAAGAACAUGAUGUAUAUGGACCAAU